AUGCCACCGAUUCCAGGUGGUGCGCGAGAGCGCCGUCGCGUGAUCUGCUACCAUCAGACCCUGAUUCCCGGCGAAGGGCCAUAUGUGUCGAUGCUCCCACUGGUGGAGCACAAUACUGGCAUCUCGCAUAUUAUUCUUGCUGCUAUCCAUCUCAACGAUGGACCAGGCAAUAUCACACUCAAUGAUGAUCCUCCCGACAGUUCCAAAUUCGACCCGCUAUGGGCGGAAGUACCCCUCGUGAAAGCAGGCGGGGUCAAGGUGAUGGGAAUGCUGGGAGGUGCCGCCCAGGGGUCUUUCCAACGUCUUGACCGCAGUCAAGAGCAGUUUGAGGCGUAUUAUCGCCCCCUGCUGGCUAUUAUACGACGCUAUGCACUCGACGGCCUUGAUCUCGACGUGGAGGAGGAGAUGUCCCUCCAAGGGGUUAUUCGGUUGAUUGAUCGGUUGAAGAGUGACAUGGGUGAUAAUUUCAUCAUCUCCCUGGCACCCGUGGCUGCAGCUCUACUUGGGAUUGGAAACUUGUCCGGGUUUGAUUACCGAGAACUGGAACAGGCGCGCGCUUCAAAGAUCGACUGGUACAACGCCCAGUUCUACAAUGGCUGGGGCCUUGCAGAGGAUCCGCGGAUGUACGCUGCCAUCGUGGCUCAGGGCUGGUCUCCACGGCGUGUGGUUUACGGUCUAUUGACGAACCCGGGUAAUGGAUCCCAGGGGUAUGUGUCACGGGAACAGAUCAGUGUCGUCCUGGCCAUGCUAGUUGAUCAGUUCCCGAACUUUGGUGGGGUGAUGGGCUGGGAAUAUUUCAAUGCAAUGCCGGGCGAGCGCGAGAAACCCUGGCAGUGGGCUGCGGAGAUGUCGCUGAGCAUGGGCAUGAAGGAUGUGGUGGUUGCAGCUCGUCAAGUGUUGACUGCAGGCCCGAUGGCUAACAGUUUAAACAAUCUGCUGCAGGACAUGCUGAACCAAGGACGUGGAUUAUGA